AUGGCGUGGCUACUGAACGAUAUCAAGAAACGCUUCAAUGAGGCUGCAGCCUCUAUUGAUGCAUCAAUGAAGGAAGAAGAUUCCAAAGCUGUUGAAGAGCAGACCACCACUGAAAUAACCGGUGAAAAAGAAGAGAAGGAACAGAAUGAUAGAGGGGACCAGCUGACUACUCAAAUGGAAAAAGUAUCUCUCGAGGAGAUCCAACAAAGAGGAAAGGCAUUAGCAUCUAAGUUGUUCGUAUAUGCAAAGGAUACGACAGAGAAAGCUACCAAGGGUAUUGCGGCAGUAAAGAAUGCCGUCGUCGAGAAUACACUCAUUGGAGAACUGGAUCGUGAGCAGGAGGCCUUUGCUGCAGAACUGGAAGCCGCUCGUCUUCCCGAUGUUGUUGAGCCAUGGGAUGGUGUGCCCAAUCGAGAAUUUGCGAAAAAGAAGAUUUUGGCGCUUUCCCUGGUUAGACAUUUUAGCUUCCUUUCUUUCAUUCGUUAUUUGAGACUCCAUUACUAUACUGAAAGGCACCCUCCACCCAUUCUAGAAUUCCAUGUCUUGUUCGUUUCGGGGCCUUCUCGUCUCCCUGAUUUUAUAUAAGA